AUGGCUGCUGAGACAAAAGAUCACUGGUCUUCGGAGGCAUACCAAAACUCUGCCUCAUUUGUGCCAAAGCUGGCAACGAGGGUGAUGCAAUGGCUUGAUCCUCAGCCGGACGACCACAUUCUCGACAUUGGCUGUGGCGACGGAAUCCUGGAUGUCGAGAUCGGAAAAACCCUGGCUAAAGGCCAAGGCAAAUUGCACGGCAUCGACAACUCCAAAGCCAUGAUCGAUGCUGCUACCAAGAAGCUUCAGGAAGCUGGGGUUGGCAACUUCACGCUAGAAGUCUGCGACGCCCUCGAUGUCCUUAAUCACCCUACAAUACCCAAGCAACAGUUCACCAAGGUGUUCUCCAACGCCGCCAUGCACUGGAUCCUGAAGCCGCACGACCGCCACGAGGCCUUCUUCCAAGGGGUGCGGGAGUCACUCCAACCAGGCGGAAAAUUUGUGUUUGAGAUGGGAGGGCUAGGCAAUGUCUGCGAGAUGGUAACCGCAUUACUUAUAACUGUAGGCAGGAGGAUCGGCCACGAGAACGCCGUUGCCAUCAACCCCUGGUUUUUUGGGGAUGAAGAAUGGGCUAGGAAUGUAUUGGAGGACAAAGUAGGUGGCUGGAAGGUCGAGAAGGUUGAGAGGGAGUGGAGACCUACAACUGCAGACAAAGGCGGUGUGGAAAGUUGGGUGCGCUUGAUGGGUGCGAAGUGGCUUGAAGCGAUCGAAGAUAAAGCGGAGAGGGAAGACGCUGUUCAAGAGGCAGUGAAGGCGCUGAAGGUUGUGUGUAGGAAGCCAGAUGAUGAAUACAUGAUCAGUUAUGUCCGGCUGAGGGUUUUGGCACGGAAGAUAUAG